UCUCAGGGAGUUACUGAGAGUUUUGGGGCAGCAGUGUCCUGUCUGAGCACAUCUCAUCUGUCAGAUGAAGUGAUAAGGAGGAGUAAGCGAAUGAUACUGGACACGCUGGGAGUGGGAUUGCUUGGAACCAGCACCCCAGUCUUUAACACAGUACUUCAGUUCAGCCAAAGGCAGCAAGCGCUAGAAAACAGCAAGGUCUGGGGCAGACCAGGAUUAUCUCUUCCACCUCACUAUGCUGCCUUUGUUAAUGGAGUUGCGGUGCACUCUAUGGACUUUGAUGACACCUGGCAUCCAGCCACUCACCCCUCCGGCGCUGUGUUGCCGGCUCUCCUAGCACUGGCUGAAACUUUACCUGUUAAACCCUCCGGCCUGGAGCUGUUGCUGGCUUUCAAUGUAGGCAUAGAGGUUCAGGGGAGACUCCUGAGGUUUUCUAAAGAGGCACACAACAUUCCCAAAAGGUUCCACCCGCCUGCAGUUGUUGGGAUUAUGGGCAGCGCAGCUGCUACCGCUAAACUUUUGGGUCUCCCGUCAGCCCACAGCAUAGCAGCUCUAGCGAUAGCCUGCUCAUCUGCUGGAGCGCCCAUGGCAAACGCUGCGACUCAAACCAAACCUCUCCACAUGGGCAAUGCUGCCCGGGGGGGUCUGGAGGCCUCCCAACUCGCUCUCCUCGGCCUGGAGGGUAACACACAGAUUCUGGAUCUGGAAUCAGGCUUCGGGGCCUUCUAUCCAGAUUAUGUCCCUCACCCACUGGCUGAGGUCACCCCUAAUUCUCAUUACAGGUGGGUGUUAGAAGACCAGAACAUUGCACAGAAGCGCUUUCCCGCCCACCUCGGGAUGCACUGGGUGGCGGAUGCAGCAAUAGAAGCGAGGGCGAAAUUUUUGGACAAAUUUCCAAAUGCAGAUCUCAGUCAAAUCAAGAAGAUCACUCUCAGAGUUCCCUCAUCCAGAUAUGUAAACUGCCCUCUUCCGCAAAGCGAGCACCAGGCCAGACACUCUUUCCAGUUCAACUGCUGUACUGCACUGCUGGAUGGAGAGGUCACCGUCGACUCCUUCAGCGAAAGCCAGAUAAACAGGAGUGCCCUAAAGGAGAUGCUUCUGAAAGUACAUUUGGAAAAUCCACAAGACAAUCACUCGAGCUUUGAAAAAAUGUAUUGCGAAAUUGCAGUGGAGACAACUCAGGGGGAAACGUUCUCUGCGCGCUGCAACACUUUUUAUGGUCACUGGAGGAAACCACUUAGUCAUGAGGAUCUGGUGAGGAAGUUCAGGGCUAACGCUUCAACUGUGCUGACCUCUGAUGUUGUGGAGGGUAUUAUUUACACUGUAGACCGUCUGGACACAAAUCAAGACUGUUCAAUGCUUUGGUCAUACAUGCACUUUAACAAGCACGUGAUGCACAGAAAUGAGCGCCGCUACUCAGCUUUGGCCUGAAUUAUUGUGUAAAGUGGCAUCAUAAAAAUAAAAAAAAUAAAAACACCUGGCUACGUGUUCUGUGCUAGACUAACUGACACUUGUCAUGGCACUUGUAUACUGUUGUUGAUCUCUUGUUGCUCCGACUGCUUCUGUUGUACUCAUUUGUAAGUCGCUUUGGAUAAAAGUGUAUGGUAAAUGAUUAAAUGAAAAUUUAUGCUAAUAUAUCAUAAUAAGUAUAAUAAUAAGUAUCAUAUUGAAACUUGUCAUUACUUUGUUCCUUAUUCUCACGUUCGUAGAUUUGUACCACGUAUAGUUCUGAAAUAUUUCCUACCAACUUUUGGAUGGUAAAAAUGGUAAAUAUAAAUUCUGAUGAGGUUGUGUUGUGACUUAAAUCUAAAAUCUGCAUUUAAUAUUACA